AUGGCGCCGCGCAUCGAAGCACAGGAGAUCGAGACGUAUUGGAACAUCUUCUCGUCCCGGACCAAUGGGGGAAAGUACCUCACCGGCGAGCAGGCAGCGCCCGUGCUGAAGAACAGCGGCCUGCGGGACGACCAGCUCGAGAGGGUGUGGGACCUGGCCGACGUCGACAACGAUGGCAACCUGGAUUUCGAGGAGUUCUGCGUCGCCAUGCGCGUCAUCUUUGAUCUGUUGAAUGGGGAGUACAAUGACGUCCCGACAACGCUACCGGACUGGAUGGUGCCCGAGUCCAAGGCACACCUGGUGCAAGCCAACAGAGCCAUCACCGGCAAGGCGCCACAAUUCGAGACGGUAGAAGACGACGACGACGACGACGACUCGCCGGGUCUCAAGGACGGCUUCGAGUGGUACAUGAAGCCUGCGGACAAGGCCAAGUACGAGUCGAUAUACCAGGAGAACAGAGACAUGCGCGGCGAGGUAGCAUUCUCCUCCCUCCAAGACCUCUACGAGUCCCUCGACGUGCCCGACACCGACAUCCGCUCCGCCUGGAACCUCAUCAACCCCUCCGCCGCGCCCUCCAUCAACAAGGACGCCUGCCUCGCCUUCCUCCACAUACUCAACAACCGGCACGAAGGGUACCGCAUCCCGCGCACCGUCCCCGCCAGCCUGCGCGCCUCGUUCGAGCGCAACCAGAUCGACUACCAGCUCGACAACCAGCGCACCACGGGAUCCUCGCGCUGGGCCACGCGCGCCGACGACGAGACCUCGACGGGCCGCAAGGCCAAGUUUGGCGACCAGUACCUGACGCGCCUCGGCCGCAGCGGCUUCAAGGCGGCCGGCACCGACUUCUCGACCGAGAAGACGGACGACUGGGAGGAGGUGCGCCUCAAGAAGCAGCUGCAGGACCUCGAGGCCAAGAUGGAGCGCGUCGAGGCCGACGCCGAGCGCCGCCGCGCGGCGAGCGGCAAGGGAGGCGCCGGGCGCGAGUCCAAGCCCGCCCUCGUCAAGCGCGAGCUCGAGCAGCUGCUCGACUACAAGCGCAAGGAGCUGCGCGAGCUCGAGGAGGGCAGCGGCAAGAGCAAGGAGGGCAGCAGCCUCAAGGGCAUCGCCGAGGACCUGCAGACGGUGCGGGAGCAGGUCGACGGGCUCGAGACGCACCUGCGGACGAGGGAGCAGGUGCUCGAGCAGCUGCGGAGGGAGAUUGAGGAUGAGAAGCUCGGGAGAUAA